AUGCAGUGGGCACAAAGCCAUGUCGAUCGCGCUGCGUUUGCACGUGGCCAAACACUUGCCGCACGGCCGACGUUGCCACUUCCUCGUGCUUCAGGUGUCGCUCCUUGCACCGUGGAAGAGGACAGAGUGCUGAGACGCCUGCAGCAGGUGAGAGCUGCAACUGUCAGAUGCGAUGAGGAGCUCAGAGAACUCGCCCAGGAGAGCGAAUCCGAGAAUGGCACAAAGGUAGGUGCUACUGCCAAGGAGUUGGAUCUUCACCAAGUUGAGCAAGAGCUAGUAGAAUGCAAGAAGAGAGUUGCCCGGCUUGAGCAGCUGAACAAGUUGAAUGCAGGUUCUUGGGGAGCAGAGGAGGCUCCGAGUGAUGCUUCCACAUCAGCCAGUCUUGGUCUGGACGAGACAUGGCAGCAACGUGCAGAGGUUCUGCGAGAUGAACUGCUACGGCAAUCAGCAAUAGCGACCGAAUUGCAAGACCGAAUCCAUUGGUUACGGGCGCAACUGAGAAGGCAACCUGGCCUUCAAGACAAAAGGAUGCAGGAAAUUGUGGUGCUUUUGGUUGAACUAGCCGAGAUGCUACCCAAGGACGAGCGAGUUAUUGCCAUUGGUGAGAUCCUUGCUGAGAUUGCAAACCAGGCAACCUAUGCCGAGGCCGUUUGA